UCCUGGUUUGGCGUCCGUUUAAGCGAGCUCCGCAAUCCCUUUACCUUGAACCUUGCAGUUUGCCGGGUUUGUCUGAGAUGCAAUUAGUUUUGUACGGUUUCUUUAUGCGGUUUGCUCUUUUUGUGUCUACACGAAAGCGGAGCAGCCUGCUUGACGUCGGAAGAGCAACCUAGAAAAGCACGUCGCAACUUUGUACUUGACGAAAACGGCGGAGACGAAAGCGCAGGGCCGGGGAUGCACGGCCACGUGGGAGAGCACUGGGAGUGGGACAUGGAUGCCAAGUCUCCUGCAGCCCGCCUGUCGCCAUGCCGACGAGCUGUCUACUUUCACACCGACCCAGUCCUGGAGAGCGAAGGCACAGCCGGGGUCAGGGGCACCAAAGGGUUCAGUCACGGAGAGCACUACUGGGAGAUUGAGUUCCUGGAGCCUCCGUGUGGCUCGUCUGUGAUGGUAGGGCUAGGAACCAAGAAGGCGCUGCUUCACACCGGGAACUACCAGUUCAUCGACCUGCUGGAAGUCCCCAUUGCCUGUGUGUCCGGGCACCAGGCCUGCAGCUGUCAGGUUUUCAGCACGCUGCUCUGCUGCUGUGUUUCUGAAGGGAUGGACUGCGAGAGCUGGGGGCUGUCGUAUAAGGGCUCCGUCUGGCACGGAGGGGAGAGCAGGACCUACACCCAGCCCUUCUACGACAAGUCGACCGUCAUCGGCGUUCUCCUGAACCUGCACACGGGCACCCUGGUGUUCUACAGAAAUGGAUCCAGCCUUGGGCUCGCCUUCUCCGGUCUGGACCAGGUGGGAGCCCCUCUCUACCCCUUGGUCAGCUCCACGGCUCCCGAGACGGAGCUGUUCCUGGGUCUGCGCACCUGCCAGUUCACCUCCCUGCAGGAGCGCUGCCUGCAGGCCAUCGCGCAGACGCUGGGACAGAGGGCCGCCGCUGACAGCCUGCCCCUGCCCGCAGCCUUGCAGGAACAGCUCGGGGUGCGCUGGGGACACCCCUCUCGCACUCUGCUGGGAGUGCGGACGUGACCAGCUCAGGGUCUGCUCUCUGGGAGUGCGGACGUGACCAGCUCAGGGUCUGCUCGCUCGGAGUGAGGACGUGACCAGCUCAGGGUGUGCUGCGGACACCCCUCGCUCACUCUGCGAUAUGAACAGGUGACACUCUCGGAACCACAGUUGUUUGCUCUUGAUGAAGUCGGAGAAGAGCCAGUCUGGAACCCAGAAGGCUGAGUUUUGAUAGGUUUUUAAUAAUGCUUGUGCUGGCACUGUUAGCUGACUGGACCAGCUGUCCUGGAGUGUAACAUGAAGCUUUGCUCUAAAAGCACUGGACUAAAAAAGCACUUGAUGCAAGUGGCUGGGGACAAAUAGCAGCAUGGUUUUUGACUCCUAAAAGUUGCUGGCAUCACUUCGUACAAAUCCCCACAGCAGGAAAAAGAAAAUAAAAGCAUAUACUGAAUUACAUCCAGUACCGGUUUCCAGAUAAGCCAACUGAAGAAGGCCAGUUUUUACCCGGACAGCUGAUCUGAAAUCUCAGUGAAACAAGAGGAAAAGGAGUAGGUCAGGUGCUGGAGAAGGUCUUCUGACAUGAGCACAGAUCCGAAAGCACUAAGAGCUGCUGGACUGUAUCUGAGCCUGAUGGCAGGAUGCUGGCCAUAGACACUCUCUGGUCAUUCAUUAUCUGUCGUGUGGGUAAUUUCUAGGUGCUCAGCUUUCCCCCACCUUCCCAAGAGAUGCUGGCUGGAUUAAUUGGUGUCCAUAAAUUGUCCCUGUGUGUAUUUGUCCUGGUGCGCCCACACAAGGGCAUAGUCUCAUCUCAUGCACUACAAUUCAGAGCUGCUCCAGGUUGCUGUGUCCCUGUCCAGGAUUACACGGCUUUCUGGCAACAGGCAGAUGAAGGCUUUGAACCACAGCAGUAGCUGCUUCUCCAGACUUCGCAAUCCGAGCAUUUCUGAUCUGCACGAUGAGUGGAGGAACUUUGGAGGCCAAAACAUGUCUGUUACAGGGCAACAGAAGGGAAACCGAAUUUUCCUGAAAAUGAAGACGGUUACAAAAUGCCCGUCGCUGUGCACGUGAGUUUAUGGAUUUGGGAUUUUAGAUUUUUAUCACCACUUUUGCCAGCGCUGUGCAUUCAUGCCAGAAAAGUUUUUAAAAAUAGAAUUUUAUGUGAAGAGUUGGCAGUAGCUUUAAAUCCUGUAAUAAGUGCCAGUAAAAUGGGCUGUGCAAUAUUUGCUUUAUUAAUAUCCUUUUACAUUGCAUGUAGUUCCUUUUUUAAAAUACGAGUAGGUUCAACAGAAAGUCGGGGACAACUGUUAGCCUGAGAGUAGUCCCCCUGACAUCUGGCCUAAAACUCAGAUGGAAAUAUUUUUCACAGAUUCAGGUGGAUUUAAAAGACAAAACUUGUGUAACCUUGUCCUGCCUUUUUACUCUUCAGCAUUGCUACCUGAAGGGUUUCUUGUAUUUUCAGCUGAAAACGGUAAUGAAAAUGAACAGUAGCAUGAAAAUCCCACGGGCCUUCUUAAUGAUUAAAAUUUGAGUUAAGCCUAACAUAUCCAGACAUUAGGCCUGCAAGGCAGUAAUCAUGUUGUUGAAAGUUUUAAUCUUACAUUUUUAAAAUAAAAAAUGCUAAAGAUUAAUUUAAAUGUUCAUAAUUAUUUAGAAUAAUAUUAGUAAUAUUUAACUCAUCCAAAAUAUACAAAUUUCUGUUACUAAUGUUCAGCUGUUGGGAGUGCUGAAUUCAUGCCAGAGAAGCCUUAGUUUUGUUUUUAGGUUUGAGGAGAGCUGUCAUGUUUCUCUCCUAUGUUGUAAUCACGUAAUUAGUCAGUUCUUUAAAGAAAUGAAUGUAUAACUACCAAACAUUUCAAGCUGAAACAAUAUACACUGUUUUCACUACUAAAGAUAGAUUUUUUUUUAUUAUAAGCAAACUCAAAUUAUCGUAAAAGGCAGUUUGAAUGAUUCUAAACCAAGGCGUUUUUCUGGGAGAUUGUACUAUACACAUUCCAAAAUGAAAUAUAUAUAUAUAUUAACACAUGGCUUUUCUGCCAUGUGUAAACAUCAGAAAAACAAAAAACAUUACUUCCACUGUAUACAGUCUUCUUAUAGUUUUAUUCAACUGCUUUAUAAUUCACAAUAGGUAAUAAAAAAAGAACGGUUUUGAAAAAUAAUUGUUUGCCAUAAAAGACAGUACUUGCAAGUAGAGAAGAGUAAGAAUUUGGCUUCUGUUAAAGCAGAAAAAUGUACAACAUUUUACUUCCCCACCAUGGCAACAAAAACUCUUUUUACAAAGCAAAUGAGAUGGGAACAACAGUAACCAUCAUGCGAAAACAAAACUGUAACAUCCUAGCUAAAAUACCUGAACAGUACUUAUCAGGUACUUCCGUCUUUCCCUAUCAUAAUAAGGCACACGGCCACCUACCAGCAUUGCAGCACAAAGCAUGCCACAACGAUUCAGUCUUAAACAAGGUGUGACCAGACUAGUGUGCGUUCUCUAAAACUCCUGAGAUUGCUUAAGUACAUAUUUUUCAAAACCGUAAAAAAUGCAUACUACACUACUGGACAAUAUGAUCAUCUUUACACUGCUUUUUACAUCACUAUCUUUGUGACCCAAGGUAAAACUUGUUUUUUUAAACAGCAAACACAAAACCAGACAGUUAAGACUGAUCUGUUUUAAGCUUGAAUGUUUUAGCUUGAAGUCCUUAAAAAGAAAGAACAAUUUUAAGAAGCGAUUUGGAACGUUUACUACAAGCAUCUGAAAUACCAGCAAGACAGCAAAUGAUCCACAGAUUUACCUGGCAGGUCUGUGUUAUUUCAAAGUGGCCACAUAUGUAACACUUUUCAAAACCAUUUCAAUAUUUGGUUUCCUUUACUGACACAGACUAAAAAAUGGCACAUCAUCAUUGUCCUGUAUCAGGUACUACCUGCAGUGCUUAACAGCAGGACCGGAUCCGAAAAUGUCUCUGAUAAACAGAGAAAGACAGCAAGGAAAUAAGAUCAAUUGACCAGUAACAGAACAAAUGUUGAAUACUUUAUGCUUAAAGACAUAA